GGGUGCGAGGCCGGUGGCUGCGAACCAGGUGGGUAUUGCAGUUGCUUUCAGUAAUCACCCAAAUCCACUGCUCCUGGGCAAGUUCCUGGUGGAUUAAUCCUGCAGGAUGGCAGCCAUCAACCCGUGGGCUUCCUGGGGUAUCCUUACGGACCAGUCCUGGGGGAUGGCUGCUGUUGACCCGUGGGCCUCCUGGGCUCUGUGUCCUCAGGACUCUACCUGGUGCGUGGAGAAGACCCCUGAGGAGAGGAGGAGGGCCCCCAGGCUUCUGACAGCCCAGGUCCAGGAACCAGUGACCUUCAAGGAUGUGGCUGUGGACUUCACCCAAGAGGAAUGGGGGCAGCUGGACCCUGUUCAGAGGACCCUGUACCGUGAUGUGAUGCUGGAGACCUAUGGGCAUCUGCUCUCUGUGGGGAAUCAGAUCGCCAAGCCCGAGGUCAUCUCCCUGUUGGAGCAAGGAGAAGAGCCGUGGUCAGUGGAGCAGGCAUAUCCUCCUCAAGGCACUUGUCCAGAAUGGAUGAGAAAUCUUGAAAGCAAAGCGUUGAUCCCAACACACAGCAUUCUUGAGGAGGAACAGUCCCAUAGCAUGAAGUUGGAGAGAUACAUAUGGGAUGAUCCUUGGUUCUCCAGGUUAGAAGUUUUGGGAUGUAAAGACCAAUUAGAAAUGUAUCACAUGAACCAGAGUACAGCUAUGAGGCAAAUGGUCUUCAUGCAAAAGCAAGUACUGUCUCAAAGAGGCUCUGAGUUCUGUGAACUUGGGGCAGGGUGUAGCCAGAGCCUAAGCAUUGUUCCAUCUCAGAAAGUUUCUCAAAUAGAACAUUUCUAUAAGCCUGAUACAAAUGCUGAAAGUUGGAGAUGUAACUCAGCCAUAAUGUAUGCAGAUAAGAUUACCUGUGAAAAUAAUGAGUAUGACAAAGCCUUCUACCACUCCAUGCAACCUGUUCACCCUGCAAGGGUGCAAACUGGAGAUAAUCUUUUCAAAUGUACUGAUGCUGUUAAAUCUUUCAAUCAUAUACUGCAUUUUGGUGAUCAUAUGGGAAUGCAUACAGGAGAAAAACUAUAUGAAUAUAAGGAAUGCCAUCAAAUCUUUAACCAGAGCCCAUCAUUUAGUGAACAUCCAGGACUUCAUAUUGGAGGAAACCAGUAUGAUUACAAAGAAUAUGAGAAUAUCUUUUACUUUUCAUCCUUUAUGGAACAUCAAAAAAUUGGUACUGUAGAGAAAGCAUAUAAAUACAAUGAAUGGGAGAAAGUCUUUGGGUAUGACUCAUUCCUUACACAGCAUACAAGCACUUACACUGCAGAGAAACCCUACGAAUAUAAUGAAUGUGGGACGUCUUUCAUCUGGAGCUCUUACCUUAUCCAACAUAAGAAAACUCAUACUGGAGAGAAACCCUAUGAAUGUGAUAAAUGUGGAAAAGUUUUUAGGAAUCGUUCAGCCCUUACUAAACAUGAACGGACUCACACUGGAAUCAAACCCUAUGAAUGUAAUAAAUGUGGAAAAGCCUUCAGCUGGAAUUCUCAUCUUAUUGUACACAAGAGAAUUCAUACAGGAGAGAAACCUUAUGUGUGUAAUGAAUGUGGGAAGUCUUUCAACUGGAACUCCCAUCUUAUUGGACAUCAGAGAACUCAUACUGGAGAGAAACCUUUUGAAUGUACUGAAUGUGGGAAAUCUUUCAGCUGGAGCUCCCAUCUUAUUGCCCACAUGAGAAUGCAUACUGGAGAGAAGCCCUUUAAAUGUGAUGAAUGUGAAAAAGCUUUUAGGGAUUACUCAGCCCUUAGUAAACAUGAAAGAACUCACUCUGGAGCAAAACCAUAUAAAUGUACUGAAUGUGGAAAAUCCUUCAGCUGGAGCUCCCACCUUAUUGCCCAUCAGAGAACUCACACAGGAGAGAAACCCUAUAACUGUCAGGAGUGUGGCAAAGCAUUCAGAGAACGUUCAGCCCUCACUAAACAUGAAAUAAUUCAUUCUGGAAUUAAGCCCUAUGAAUGUAAUAAAUGUGGAAAAUCCUGCAGCCAGAUGGCUCACCUUGUUAGACAUCAAAGGACUCAUACUGGAGAGAAGCCCUAUGAGUGCAAUAAAUGUGGAAAAUCCUUCAGCCAGAGUUGCCACCUUGUUGCCCAUCGGAGAAUCCACACUGAAGUUGGCUCCAGGCCCUGCUUCUGGGUCUGGUCAGAACCCCCAGCAGGAAGGAUGACCUCCCACAAGGCCUUGGUGAGCUGCCCAGACACGCACGAAGGCUGGGUUUCUGUAUGGGAACCACUGAGCAACUUUAACCAGGAAGGACAGAAAAUGCUUUUGUUUUUAAAGAGGUCCUAGUGGCUGCUGUGUGGAUAAUGACCUGAUGGAGGCAACCGUUACCAAGGAAGGCAAGCGCGGAGGUUACUGUGGUCGUUCUGGCAAGAGAUGGAAACUUGGACCAACGUGGUGCAGAAGUGUGCAGAGAAGUGAUGAAACGCUUCACCGUACAGAUUCAAACCGCUCAGUGAACCUCAGAGCAAGAUAAACACAAAGAAACCACAUUAUUAAAAAGUACUGAAGCCCAAGAGAAAAGGUCAUGGUCAUGGUGGAGAAGCUUGGAUCGGAUUUACCUUCUUUCCGGUAGUAAUUAAAAACUCCUAACCUUGAGCAAAAAGCUUAAGGCAACUAGAGAACAACCGUAGCAGGAAGAGACUGGUGGAGCCCAUUCUCAGUUACCUAGGAGACGCGGCUGGGCUGCACAGCCUUCUGGGAGUUGUGGUCCAUAGGCCGGGCCCUGGCCUCCUCGGACAGGGGAGCACCUGUGAGGCUCAGACUACAACUCCCAGAAGGCACCGUGGCGUGCCUCCGACCAAUGGGAGCACUCAGGCCGCUGGGAGACAGCGGCCUGUGCGGCCUUCUGGGAGUUGUAGUCCAUGGGCUUCACUUAAGAUCACCCAAACUCAAAGGCUUUUCUCAUUUUUUAAAAAUAAUAGCUUUGACAGGGAGGGACAAGACAGGGGUAGGUGAUUAAGAGGUACAAACUACCGUGUAUAAAAUAAAUUAGUUACAAGGAUAUAUUGUACAUCACAAGGGAUAUGCCAAUAUUUUAUAGUAACUUUAAAUGGAGUAUAAUCUAUAAAAGUUUUGAAUCACUAUGUUGUACACCUGAAACUAAUAUUGUGAAUCAACUACACCUUAUUUUAAAAAGAGCUUGGAAGCUUUGAAAAUAAAUGAGUUGCCAAGCCAUGAAAAGACAUGGAGAAACAUACUACUAAAGAAUAUAUUAAAUAAGUAUUAAUAAGUGAAAGGAGCCAAUUUGAAAAGGCUACAUACUGUAUGAGUCCAACAUAUGACAUUCUGGAAAAGGGAAAACUAUGGGGAUAGUGAAAAUAUCAGUGGUUGCCAGAGGGUUGGGGGAGGAGAGAGGGAUGAAUAGGUGGAGCAUAGUGGAUUUUUACAGCAGGGCAACUGUGCUGUAUGACAUUUUAUAAGAUUGGAUACAUGUCAUGAUACCUUUGUCAGAACCCAUAGAAUUGUAAUGCCGGGAGUCAACCUCAACAUAAACUAGGGACUUUGAUUAUGAUGUGUCAAUGUAGGUUCAUCAGCUGUAACAAAUGUACUUCUCUGGUGUGGGAUGCCAUCAUGGAGAAGGCUGUGUGUGUGUGUGUGUGUGUGUGUGUGUGUGUGUUUGUGAGGGGGCAGAGGGUACCUGGGAACUCUGUUGUGAACAUAAAGCUACUCUAAAAAAGAAAGUCUUUUGAAAAAACAAUAGGUUUCUUGAGGUAUUCACAUACCAUAACAUUAACCUUUUUAAAGUUGUUUUUAGUAUAUUCACAGUAUUGUUCAUUCAUCACAAUUAUCUAAGUCCAGAACAUUUCAUCACUCCAAAAGGAAACCCCAUUAGCAAUUAUUCUACUCCGUAUUCAUUCCUCCCCCUAGCCCUUGGCAACCAGUAAUCUACAUUCUGUCUGUAUGAAUUUUCCUAUUUUGGACCUUUCAUAUAGAUGGAAUGAUAUAACGUGGCCUUUUGUUUCUGGAUCCUUUCACUUAGCGUAAUGUUUUCAUAGUUCAUCAGUGUUGUAGCAUAAAUCAGUACUUUGCCCCUUUUCUUGGAUGAAUAAUAUUCCAUCAUGUGGAUAUACCCUUUUUGUUUAUCCAUUUGUCAGUUGAUGGACAUUUGGGUUUAUAAUAACUUUUUGGUUAUUAUAAAUAAUGUUAUGAACACUGUUUUAUGUUCUUUUAGGUGAUGGUCAGUCAGGUGCAGCCAUAAGAGGAGACACAGGAGAGUAGCAGGAAGAAACAAAGUUUAUUAUACUCACAGGUCCUAGAAAGACGGAGUUACGGCAUGCCACGAAGGUCCACACAUGCUGCAAGCCAGGGAGCGGGCUCAACCAAGCAGGUGGGGAGCAGAGAGUGAAGACUAGCCCACAGGCAAGUGCUUUUAUUAGGGGUGGGGGUAGAAUACACAGGAAUAGGCAUGAGGUAUGUCAUUGGUGCUUUUGAAUGUUACUAGGUCAUGUUCAGGGGAGAGCAAAGAGGAAGCCCCUUGUAGCAGGGGCCAGCCUUAUCACUUGAUAAGCCUGGUCACCUGGGAGGGGCGCUCACAGCCUGUUUGCAGGGAUGUUGAGGCAGCAGGAAAAUACAAAAUUUAAAAUUUUACAAUACAAUGAAAUAGGUGAAAGGGGUAAAAAGGUACAAACAUCCAUUUAUAAAAUAAGUCAUGGGGAUGUUAUGUACAGCGUCGCAACUGUAGUUAAUAAUGCUGUAUUGCAUAUCUGAAAGUUAUUAAGAGAGUAAAUGUUUUUAUUUUUA